CCACUCCACUUGGCAACUAAUACGUGAUGAAUUUUGCCCUGAUCUUUGUGGGCCCCAUUGGCUCAGACAGGAACUAUCACGGAUUAGAUUUCUGCCGAUUUCGACGGAUGAGAUGAUGGAUCAUAUAUCUGAAACGAAUUAUGACACGGAAAAGGGCGACGUCUCGUAAUGAACAACUCCGGGGGUAAAAUCGUAAGGAUACACGACAUGAUUUUUUUUUAAAAAAGCCCAAAUUCCAAACUGAAAGUCAAGAGCCGGAGCCGAAUUUCUUUGGGUAAAAGCCCAUUAAAUUUCAAGACUGAGCCCAGGAGGCCCAAAUACCAUUUGUUAGUCUGAUUUCUGAUUUCUCACUUACCUCUGUUCCAAAUCAAAUGAUUUUCUUUCUUCUUCUUCCUAAAACCCUAAAAAGCAAUGUUUUCUUUGCAACUCUUCCCCGCAAACCCUAAGCCCACUUUUUUGAACACCUCAUUUAAACCCCUUUUAAAUCCACAAGCCUUAAAAUGUCCAAAACCCUACCCAAAAUCAAAGCACACCCUGAUUUCAUCAGUCCUUCAAUGGAAUAGAAAGCCUGAGCUGGCGGGCGAGACCCCGCGCGUGGUUGUUAUAACAUCCGGAAAAGGCGGGGUCGGCAAAACCACAACCACUGCCAAUGUCGGACUUUCCUUAGCCCGCCUCGGAUUCUCCGUAGUGGCCAUUGACGCCGACGUUGGCCUCCGUAACCUAGACCUCCUCUUAGGUCUCGAGAACCGUGUGAAUUACACGGUCGUGGAGGUACUCAAUGGUGAUUGCCGACUGGACCAGGCAUUGGUUCGAGACAAGCGCUGGUCAAACUUCCAAUUGCUUUGCAUUUCCAAACCCAGAUCGAAACUCCCCAUCGGAUUCGGUGGGAAAGCGUUGGUUUGGCUAGUCGACGCUCUGAAAGCGCGUGAGGAAGGGUCUCCGGAUUUCAUACUGAUAGAUUGUCCGGCGGGGAUUGAUGCAGGGUUUAUAACGGCAAUAACGCCAGCAAACGAGGCGGUGUUGGUGACGACGCCGGACAUAACUAGCUUAAGAGAUGCGGAUAGAGUGACGGGGCUGUUAGAAUGUGAUGGGAUAAGGGAUAUAAAGAUGAUAGUGAACAGAGUGAGGACGGAUAUGAUAAAGGGAGAAGAUAUGAUGUCGGUUUUGGAUGUGCAAGAGAUGUUGGGGUUGGCAUUGUUAGGGGUGAUUCCCGAGGACUCCGAGGUUAUUAGAAGCACCAAUAGAGGGUAUCCGCUUGUUCUGAAUAAGCCGCCCACGCUUGCUGGAUUGGCGUUUGAGCAGGCUGCUUGGAGGCUUGUUGAGCAGGAUAGUAUGAAGGCCGUUAUGGUUGAGGAGCCCAAAAAAGGUGGAUUUUUCUCAUUUUUUGGAGGGUAGGGACAAGGGGGAGCUUGUUGGUUGGGCGUUAGGAUGGGGGACUCCAGAGUUGAUCUUGCUGAGGACUGAGGAGCUAUGUACAGUGAUUAAAGGUUGGUUGCCUUUGAAUUCUUGCUAGUGAUUUGAACUUUCUUUUGGUAGAUAACUAGAAUUGCAGGGUUUGUGUUGCAUUUAGAUGAGUAAAUUGUUGAUUGAAAAUUUUGUUGGUGUGAAUAUAUUGUUGUUUCAAGAUUUAGUUUUUUGUACCUAUUAAGUUGAAACAUUUUAAUUGCUCAAUCUCUUGAAUCUGAUCAAUGAAUCAAAAUCAUUUCACCGUCACAGAUUGUUAUUUUAAGCUUGUCUUCAAAAGAUUAAUAUGUUUCUAGAAUUUGUUGAAUUAUUUGGUUGUUUUCUUUUCCAUUUUUUUUUUGGAGUGAAUUCAUGUGUCUUAGUUUAUCUGAUUCAGUAUCGGAACUUGUUCUUAUCUGAUGCGUUGAUAUAUAGAUGAUUCAAAUUGUAACCGAUCAUUGACCAUGUUAUAAUCAAACACAAGACAAUAUGAUAACAGAGUAAUGCCAGAGAGAAUAAUUAAAAGAAAAUAAAUGCAUUUCGUUCAGUAUUUGGAUACAGCUCUUGCUUUUGCACUAAAACUCGUCGCUGUUCUGAACUUCUGAUAUUUGCAUAUUCGAAACUGUUUGAUAAACAGUUAUAAUCUAGGAGCUUUAGAUUCCCUCACUACACUUUCAUGGUCUUCAAAGCUUCAUCGUUAGAAGCAGGGUACAAAUUUUCUUUGCUAUGGUCUACUAGAGAACUUUACAACAAAACCCUUUCCCGUCGUCUUCAAAGAGCAUCAGGUUUGAUAUGCAGUAGGCAGUGACUUUGUCACUAACUUCUUCCCUAGUUACAAUUCUGGCAAUCCAGUUUUCUUUGAUUACCUGCUCCAAGGGUCAAAAUAACAAUUUGUCAAAGAUUAUUCUUGGGUAUCUCAAGUGAUAAUUUAUCAAUCACAUCCUCCUGUAAAAUGCCAUGGAACAUGAGUAUAAGACCUUGUAAAAACAAAUUUAGCUAAGGUAACAAAUUGUUCUCUUAUUAGUUAAUAAUCUAGAACUGCGUUUUUUGACCGAGUAGCUCUUGAUUUCAUUAGUUGAAAUCAGUUUGUCAAAAUUAAGCA